AUGGUGUUGACGUGUGAGCGGAUCUUGCGGGAGGCUCCGGGACACGUGCUCGCCAGCGCCAGUGCAGAGGGACUGGCUCCGUGGAGGAAGGAUGGGUGUGCUAUCGCUGAGGCCCCGGGAGAGACGCGACGGAGGCCCCGGGAGAGACGCGACGGAGGCCCCGGGAGAGACGCGACGGAGGCCCCGGGAGAGACGCGACGGAGGCCCCGGGAGAGACGCGACGGAGGCCCCGGGAGAGACGCGACGGAGGCCCCGGGAGUGACGCGGCGGAGGCCCCGGGAGAGACGCGGCGGAGGCCCCGGGAGACUCACGGUGGAGGCGAACCCCCUCCCCAGAGAUUGA